UUGGAUGCUUCAGUUAAAGAAACUUCAAAAUUACUUUUUAUUUGCAUUCAACGGAUUGUUGUUGAUAAGAAAUAUUCGAUACUUAAUUACCUCGACCAUCUCCCAGAAAAUUCAAAAAUUGUUGUUUAUGUAAAGCGUUGUGUCCGUGCCGUUGGUAAACGGAAUACUGCUGGAGAUGAAAAAACUCUGGAUGGAACACCACCUUUUAUGGAAGAAAUGGAAAAGUUAUUUGCUCGUAUUGACGAUGAUAUUUUUUCUGGGGCAGUCGAGGACCUUUACAAUUUUAUGGAUAUUCACCCUGACCAAAACGAAAAUUUGGAACAAUUUAUGUCCAAAUGUAUUUAUGCAAGACUUAUUCGUAAAGCUUUUGUAGAAAUUCGGAAAUGCCGUUUGGAAAGGAAGCCGUUAAUACCUGGCGACUCUGUUCGUCGAAUAUUGCCAGAAGAAACACUUUCACAUUUGGAUAAAAACAAUCAAAUUAUAGCUUGUAUUGAUGAAUUUACUGCACUUUUAAGUGGAAGUCCUGCUGCAACUUUAGGACAACCUCAUCAAAAAUCUACUCCGCCAUCAUAA